CCAGCUAGCCGCUGCUUUCCUUGACGCGAGCGCUCACACACACCCAUGAGCUAGAGACUAGAGAGUAGCCGUGGCUCCAACAAUGGCCGCUCUCGACCUGCGGCGGUGGCUGAUGGUCCUCCUCGUAGGUCUCCUCGCCGCGUUCCAAGUGGCCGACGGGGCGCCGUGGUUCUGGCCGCCGGGCGGCGACGACCCCGACGGCUGCCUGAGCUGGCGGGUGAUGGUGGAGGCGAACAACGCCAAGUUCUGGCGCGCGGUGCCGGCGCCCUGCAUCGGGUACGUCUGGGCCUACAUGUCCUGGGGGCAGUACGGCCGGGACGUGAGCAGCGCGGCGGACCAGAUCGCCGCCUACGCCAGCCAGGCCCCCGCCGCCGGCGACGGCCUCGACGCCUGGGUCCUCGACAUCGACGACACCUGCCUCUCCAACCUGCCCUACUAUCAGGCCAAGCAGUUCGGGGCGUACGACCCGGCGGCGUUCAAGGCGUGGGCGAGCAGAGGGGCGUGCCCGGGGAUACCGGCGAUGGUGAGGCUGUUCUGGGCGCUCAAAGGCGGAGGCUUCAGGGUUUUUCUUCUCUCCGGGAGAGACGAGGAGGCUCUCGGCGCGUCCACCGCCGCCAACCUCGCCGCUGCCGGGUUCGCCGGGUACGACCGGCUCAUCUUGAGGUACGAUAUGACACGAGUUAUGUACGACUACUUUUUUUUAGUCCAGUUAUGUACUACGACUAGCUUUUUUUUAGGGAUACUACGACUAGAUAGGCUAAUCCAAUCAACCCAGCCCAACAUUUCCACCCAGCCGGCUGAGUUUACAGAAUGGUCCAGACUACUCGCCCACGGCGCAGAACAUAAAACACUAGUGCUUUUUCAGUCUUAUUAAAUCCUAGUCGAUUGAGACUUAUUAUGUCUCAGCCGAUGUUAUAUUCGCAAGAUGUUACAUUGAGAUCCGUUUAAUUUUAGGUCUAUUUAGGGGACGUGAAUUUUUGGGACAUGCGGCUACGCGCUGCCGUUAUCCCGGUCGUCUGGCAACGCGCUGCGAUUGCUACUUUUAUUAGCACUUUUGCAAUACGCGCCGCGUGAAUUCACACAUCGCACGAAUACACGCGUUAUACAUCCCGACGGUGGGCCAGCAGCACAACACACGUUCAACGAAUCAGACGAGAAAAACAAAAAAAAGCCCGGUCCGGGAGAUGGAUUAACUCCCCGUCCUUCGGUGGACGCGCAUAAUUGAACCGUCGUCAAUGCUCUGGACGUGGGGCAACCACCAUAAGUACCUCGUGGUGUGCACUGUAGCUCAUUUUCGAUUUGCGUCCUGUGGAGAGCAGAAGAACAGGGGAAAUGUCUUCGGUAGAAACAGAGAUACACAGGUUAGCAUAUGGACACUCGACUUGAUCCUGCGUUUUACUUGGGUAUACGCACAAACGUGCUAAUGUAUAUCCAACCUGUUCGUCCCCUUGCAUUGCAGACUUUUCUUAUGGCAAUUCUUAUUAGGUGGCCAAGUCUAUGUAUUAAUGUGUCACCCAUCAAUUGGCAGAUGCAUCAAUGGAAUAAUGCUUCUACAAGAAGCUUUAUCAUAGCAUCUGUUUCAUGACAAACUGGAUGGUUUAGUGUAUGGUAAUACUCAUAUGCUAAUUAGCCCAAGAUAUUACAUGGCUAAUAACUGGCACACUGAUUAAACACACUUGUAUGAUGGUUAGUCCUAAUUUACCGAUUAACAUAUUACUAAUACAUCGACUAAGCACACGAAUUUAGCUGCAACCAUGACAAACUUUCUCCCAUAUAUAUUAAGGUAAUUAAAUGCAUCUCGUAGAUAUUUUCAUAUUGUAAGUUCAAUUAGAAAUCUGUGGAGUUGGUUUUGAUGUCUCUAAUUUGUUCAAAAAUGGGAACCGUAAUUUUUGGUUAACAUGUAUGCUUGUGAAGCUGAGAUCAAAACCGAAGCCGUAAAAAAACCAUUCUCUCAUAUUGGUGAUGUCUCAAAUAUCCUAUUAGUUAUGUAAAUGUAUUUUAACCUUUUCUGUAGAAUUUUGCCUGAUCUUUUAAUUGACAUUUUGGUUUUGUAUCAACGUUGCAUUACAAAUCAGAUUAUAUUUUUUGUGAUUCAAGUUAACUAUGAAGAAUGGAGUUAAGUGAUUUUUAAGUCAAAAAAUUGAUGCAUGUAAGAGUUUUAAAUCAGUAGUCCGAAACUAAAAUACCUCAUUUUCCAAAUUGAACAAUGUUGGAUGGAGAGAGUUAGUGAGAUUAUGGACAGGCUGCAUACUUUCAAUGUAGUUAACGCUUCAAACGACAUGCUCCGUGGCCAUCUUCUAAUCAAGUACCAUGGAUCAGUGUAGUUAUUGUGGUGCAGCCGGCCAUUUGAACUGACAUGUUAAUCAACACACGUCUUCAAUGCGCGAGUCUGCAUUCUGGGCCAUCUCCUGGCAAGGUCAGAAGUAUAUUAUACAGGCUCGACGUAUUAGAGCUGCACGAAUCACGCGGAAACGGUCGGUCUUGAUAACGACCUCGCGUGGCUGCAUGUCCACUCAUGAUUUAUCGCUAUUUAGGACACAUCUAAAUGUGACAUAGUUAUAUCACAUUUAAGCUGAUGUCCACUUUUUUUACGGUCUAUUUCUUUUGUCCUAUUUUUUUGUUUUUUUAUUGCAUUAUAUAUUUGUGGAAGCUUAGAUGUGACAUCCUUAAAAAACAUCUAGAUGUGAAUUAGUCAAGCUGUUCAAUUUUUACUUUUCAUCUUUUUUCCUUUUUUUUCUUACACGUUUUGUCAGUUGACUUAGGGGGUGUUUGGUUCAGGGACUUUUUAGUCCCAGAGACUAGAAAAAGUUCCUAGGAACCAAACGGGAGGGACUUUUUCUACAGGGACUAGAAAAAAGACUCUACUAGAGAGUCUUUUUUGAUUAGUCUCUGGGACUAGAAAAAGCACACUAUAUUAAGGCACGUUCGGUCGUAUGUCACACCCACGUACGUACUGACACGGACCGUGCUGUUGGCUCCUUCCUCUCAUGGCCAUGGACUUGGUACAUCGUACUGGUACGAGAAAAUUCGCGUGCGCGCGAGUGACGGCAUGCACACAAACAAAAAAUAUCAGGAAGGAUAUAUUCUUCCGGUAGCAACUAGAACUGAGCUAACUUCCAACCGGACAGUAUAUAUUCUCCGUUCCACUGAAUCUUGGACAGCGAGCUGACGUGAACUUGGUGAGCCGCGACAGAUACUUCGCCGUCCACAUGUAUCAUUGCUCGGUAUAGACAUGCACGUACGGACUGAUCGGCACCGUGUGUUUUGUCCCGUGGACGGAUGUUGACGGCGCGGUGUGUGUG